GAUUAACUGCUCCUAAGCUUCACUAUCAUAGAUUAUAUCGUAUCUGUGGCCUUUUCGGGGCACAUCCACACAAUUACUUUCAUCGUAGGAAACACCCAUCGACCAAACAGGCCUCUGGCUAGGAGAAACAACGAAACAAAGGCUGCGGACGACUGCACACAGACAGGGAACAAAAACAAUGUCUGAAACAUACGAUUACCUGUUCAAGUUCCUGAUAAUUGGAAGCGCUGGCAGCGGCAAGAGUUGUCUGUUGCAUCAUUUCAUCGAAAGCAAAUUCAAAGACGACAGCUCCCACACCAUUGGGGUAGAGUUUGGCUCGCGCAUUGUAAAUGUGGGUGGAAAAUCGGUUAAGCUUCAAAUAUGGGAUACAGCCGGACAGGAGAGGUUUCGAUCCGUGACCAGGUCCUACUAUCGCGGAGCUGCAGGUGCUCUGCUGGUCUACGAUGCCACAUCGCGGGACUCGUUUAAUGCAUUGACCAAUUGGCUAAAUGAUGCGAGGACCUUGGCCAGCCCGAACAUUGUCAUUCUGCUGGUUGGAAAUAAGAAGGACUUGGAAGAGGCACGCGACGUAACAUUUCUCGAGGCCAGCACCUUUGCCCAAGAGAACGAGCUCAUCUUCUUGGAGACGAGCGCCAAGACGGGCGAGAACGUCGAGGAGGCCUUCCUCAAGUGCUCCAAGACCAUCCUGGCCAAAAUUGAAACUGGAGAGUUGGAUCCCGAGCGCAUCGGCAGUGGCAUACAGUACGGUGGAGCCGCUCUACGCAAUCUACAGACUCGGCAACGGAGCAUCAACAAGCCAGAUUGCACCUGUCGCGUGUAGAGAAACCAAUCUGUCGUGCAUCGUGUAUCGUGCAGUCGCCAAUUACUUACUCCUGGCGUGUAUCGUAUUAUCAUAAGCGAGCAAAUUAAUCUCUAUUUUAUCCGUACUCGGAAUGUGACCGCAUUACCCCUAAGUUGUAUUGUGUAGGCAGGGCAGGCGUGUCGUGUGUGUGCCUGGUCCAUCUCAUUUCGUUUAGUUUGUGUUUGUCUUGUUAGUUUUAAUCAUUCCAAAUUGUAAGCAAAAUGCUUUUUAGAUCUUUGGAACAUUUAACCAUUUGUUGUUUCCUCCAAUGUUACUUUACUCUAAUUUGUAGGUUAUAAGGCACUUAAUAUAUGUAUCUGCAGAGGCAUAUGCCUGAACAGAAGCCACCGCUGUUGCAUGGACACUCGGAUCAAAUGAAUGUAGAGUGCACUCUGCAUUUUAUUGUAAAUAUAAAAAAUGGCAUUGACGUCGUUGACGACGUAGCCCGCCCAUCUA